UAAAGUCAUAAAGACGCAUCUCUCGACAAGUCUCGCUAUUCUCAAUCCUAUUUCUUCCCCCAAGACCCAUUCCAUCAUUCUUUCUCUCCGCUCUCUGCCUGACCGUGGAGGACAGAGACAUGGGCAGCUUAGAAGACGACCAGCUGGUUCAGAUGGUCCGAGACUUCAUCGAAUCUGAGUCACCAUCCCCCACAAAUUCUACUUCAUCAAAGUGCCGUGCCUUAACCCAUCGAACCCAAUGUUUUAUGCUACAGGAUAUCUUAAGGAGCGAGACGAGAGCUGAGGCAAAAGUUCGGAAUUAUGUGCUGAACUUGAAGCGUAUGAGAGGCAGAAGCGAUGCUAAGAACCCUUCACGUCUGAGGAAGUGGCUGGUCCUGAGGAUGAAAAUGGAUGGCCUCGAUGCUUCUCUGUGCCACACAUGUUGGGCCACCUCUUUAGGAUGUCCAGCUGGUGAAUAUGAAUAUGUUGAAGUGAAUAUUACAGAAGGUGAGAAUGGAAGUCCUGAGAGGGUCAUAGUGGACAUAGACUUCAGGUCCCAGUUUGAACUUGCCAGGCCAACACAAUACUACAGAGAAAUGACAGAGUCACUCCCAGUGAUCUUCGUGGGGACGGAGAACAAGCUGAGCAGGAUAAUCUCUCUGCUCUGUUCUGCUGCUAAACAGUCCUUAAGAGAGAAGGGCCUGCAUGUGCCACCAUGGAGAACCACUUCUUACAUGCAAUCCAAAUGGUUUUCUGGGCGUCAUCAUGAAGAGCCUUGCCCACAAGAACAAGGUGUUGGUACUGGAGAGCGCUAUGGGGGAGUGAGAGAAGCAGAAGGUGAAGAUGAAAUUGGCGAGUGGGUACCUCCGAUAGUGAAACCCAGGAAAAGAGACUUGGGUGGCGGGUCUGGCUUAUCUAAACAGUUCUCUGACUUGACUAUAAAUUGUUGCUAGCUCUGGCUCAGUUUUGAUAGGGUUUGUAAUUUUCAUUCUUGAAAUCAAGCCGUGAUCAUUUUAUAAGUAAUAAUUUUGAGUUGUCAUUCAUAAUCA